AUGGAGGCAUUAAAAUCGCUUACGAGCUUCACCGACAGGUUUUACGAACAAAUAUUAAAUGAAAGUCAUGGUCAGUGGGAAAAUACUUUUCUCUCCCCUUUCAAUAUCUAUACUGCCCUCGGAAUGGUUCUUUCUGGCAGCGAAAACAAUACGAAAGCCGAGAUGAUAAAGGCUAUGCAUUUGUCUGACUGUUUAGAACACGAUCAAGUUCAUUGUGAGAUUGCUCAUCUUCUGAAUGAUUGUUCGAAACUUAGUGAAGGUGUUGAGAUAAUCCUUGCUAAUAGAUUGUUCGUUGCACAAAAUGUAAGAAUGAAAGAGCAGUUCAAAGCUAAUCUGAAGACAAACUACAAUGCUCCAACAGAACAUGUGGCAUUUGAGACUGACAUAGAAGGUUCUCGAAACCGGAUAAACCAGUGGAUCAGUGAACAAACUAAAGGACAAAUUCAAGAACUCAUUUCACAUGGUUCUUUAACAAACGACACUUCUGCUGUAGUAACAGCUACUACAUACUUCAAAGGUAAAAGAAUGUAUGAAUCUAAUUUUUAA